GUCGGUCGCAUCUUUCGCGCGUAAACUGCGCGCUUCGUCAAGCGCAUCCAAACUGCACGAAGCCGCGUCUCUCCUUCGUUCAGUUUCAAAUUUUUCUCUCCUAGCUCUUUUCUCUCGCGCUCACACCGCUCACCAAGCCGAGAGAGAACAAGAAAUGUCAAAUAAACGUCAGAGUGCGAAGUAAAUUUUGUUUUAGUUCGGAACGGGUUUCGUGUUUUGCUUCCAGUUUUCCGGUGAAAUUCCGUGCAAAAAGUGCCGAAAACGGUCCGGAACGCGAUGUAAAGUGUGGUGCCGGUGGCGCGGGAAAUAAAUUCCAACCGAUAGUCGGAAUCGGUGCGACGCUGUGGGCGUACAUUUUGAAUUCAAUUCUGUGCUGAAGCUGCUGCUGCUCUUUGUGGUAGUGGUGAUUGUUUCCAUCCGGCGGCGUUGCUGCUGCUGCUUGCAAGGUGAAGAUGUCCACAGAGGAAAAUGUUAAAUCGCUGGGGGAAAUUACCGGUCUGAAGCCGGAACAGGCAGCCAGUCUGUUGACGGCUUACAAUGGCAAUCUGGAGGGAGCGAUUAAUGCGUUUUUCGAGAAUCCUGAAGGCGUUUUGAACCCCGAACCGCCGGUUGUGAUCAACGAUGAUGAGGAAGACGAGGUGCGGGCGCCAAUUCCUAGGAAGAUGGAAGUGCUCCUUCCGGCGGAAGAUACCACAAGGGGACGAUUGAAACGACGAGGUGCCACAAUCACGGAGGUGCCCUUCCGGAAUUUUGAACUUGAAGGGAGGCUACAGGAACAAAUGCUAAUGCAGGGACAAGGACCCUCAUCGAAGAAAGUAACCCGGCUGGAGGCUCUUUUUAUGCCACCGUUUGAAAUACUAUUCUCCGGCAGCUUUGACAUGGCUCAGAGGCACGGGAAAAGCGUGGAUAAGUGGAUCCUGGUAAAUCUACAGGACGACCUCAAUUUUACCUGUCAAACUUUGAACAGAGAUUUGUGGUCCGAUCCGCGGUUAAAAGAUUUCCUCAGGAACAAUUUAAUUUUCUGGCAAACAUCCAACAAGACGACGGAUGGAGCCAAAUUUAAAACAUUCUACAAAGUCACCAAUGAACCGUAUAUUGGGAUGAUUGAUCCUCGCACUGGGGAAGAGGUACAAACAUUUUCGACUAGCGACCCGGAUCCGGUCAAGUUCUUGUCCACUCUGAAAUCCUUCCUGACAGAAAACAAAUCUCCCCACGGAAAGGAGGUAAAAUUCGUGGAAUCCAGCUUUAUGCGCCCUUCGACAUCACAGGCCUCUUCAAGCGGCGCCAACGGUUCUAAAGCCCCUAGCUCCAGCAAGCCCAUCUGGAUUCCGGACGAAGACGAGGAAGAAGAGUUCCAGGAAAUUACAGACAGCAGCGACAGCGACCUAGAGCCGGACACUCCCACGUCCAAAUCUCCCUCCAAACAGGCGACAAUCCCAACGGAAACGCCCACCUCGCCGCCAAUACUCAGCUCAGAUGAUGAGGCCAAUCUUCCACCGACGGAAAAAACUCGCAUUAUGCUCAAAAUGCCGGGAGAUGUGACCGAGCGGUUAUUUUUCCGCAGUUCUCGAACGCUGGAUCACACGAAAGCGAAACUCAUGAACAAAUUCACCACCAAAUUCGCCGACCAGAAGGGUAAAUCUGUUCGGUUCUUCUGCCCGGCCGUGAAAACGGAUCUGGCCUCGCUCGAAGGAAGUCGGACACUGCUCGAUUUGAAGAUUCACCCGAAUGCGGUCAUACACGUGACCGUGGACGACUGAAUUCCGUGGCGCGUUUCGGGUAUUUGUUUAAAAAUCUCUACUUAAACUUUUUUUUUUUAACUCGUAAGAACCGUCGUCAUCGUCGCUGUCGCAGUCUUUCUCAGACUGAUGCAUGAAUAACGGGUGACGAAUGGGAAUAAGUUCUAGUUUCUGAGAAGCCAAUAAAUUAUUCGAUUGAAACGUA